UAAUCUUCUCACCGUUGAUUGGUUGUUAUUUUAAUUGUUGAUUUAAAUGGCGAACGAAUAGUUGGCGGUCAAUUUAACUUUGAUAAAUUCUCUACCUUGAUAUUUCAGCGUUGCUUGAGAGCCGCUUGAUUUUCUUGUCAAUAUGAAAGGACAGAGGGGGAAAACCCCAAGGAAGAAAUUUGCAUUUACUGGAACAUCUGUUACAGAACCUGUGGAGGUUUACUGUCGUAUCAAACCAGCAGAUGACUCCAAUAAUGUAUGUCUGAAAAGUGUAGGUGAUAAUCAAGUACAAUUGAUGAUAGCUGCUGAUGGAUCCCGAAAUGCACAACCAAGAGAAUUUUUAUACACAUUCCAGCAAGUAUUUGAUGAAGCUUCAACACAGAAGGAGGUGUUUGAUGUGGUUGCUUUGCCUCUUGUUGAAGAUCUUAUUGCUGGACGUAAUACUCUACUAUUCACCUAUGGUGUAACUGGCUCUGGUAAAACGUACACAAUGACUGGUAACCCAGUUGACCAAGGUAUAUUGCCGAGGUGUCUUGAUGUCAUUUUUAACACAAUUGAAAAUCAUCAGGCAAAAAAAUAUGUUUUUGAGCCAAAUAAUCAAAAUGGUUUUAGAGUUCAAAGUGAAGCUGAUGCUAUGGCAAAACUCCAAGCUGACAUCAUGCCAUGCCCUUCUGUUGUUCCAAAGACACCAAAAAAAGACAGGUGUGAGUUCUUGAAAAAUCCUCGUCUACAAGAUAAAACCAGAGUGGAAGGUGUCAGCAAUCAGUUCUUGUAUGCUGUGUUUGUGUCAUACGUUGAGGUUUAUAAUAAUGCAGUGUAUGAUUUGUUGGAAGAGCUGACCUCUGAUCCUAUCAUUGGAUACAAGGCCCAGCAAACUAAAACAAUUCGAGAAGAUUGUAGUAAAAUGAUGUAUAUUCAUGAGUGCAAAGAAGUUGAAGUGAAAAAUCCUGAUGAGGCUUUUAAUGUCAUCUACCAAGGUCAGAAUCGACGGAGGGUUGCUCGAACUGCUUUAAACGAAUCUUCUAGUCGCAGCCACAGUGUUUUCAAUAUUCGUAUUGUACAAGGCCCAGUGGAUCAGAGCGGAGAAGAAGUAAUGCAUGUUGGCAUUGAUGGAGUGGAAGCAAAUUCAAUUUGUAUAGGACAACUAUCUUUAGUUGAUUUGGCUGGUAGUGAACGUACUGUACGCACCAAAAAUAUGGGUGAACAACUCAGAGAAGCAUCUAAUAUCAACAACACACUCAUGACACUAAGAAAUUGUAUUGAUAUUCUCCGUGAAAAUCAGAAAUUUGGAUCAAGUAGGAUUGUACCAUAUCGUGAUUCCAAACUAACUCACCUCUUCAAGAGCUACUUAGAAGGUGACGGCAAGAUCAGAAUGGUUGUUUGUGUUAAUCCUGCUGCCAAUGAAGUUGGAGAAACUUUGCAUGUUAUGAAAUUUGCUGAAAUCACACAAGAAGUAACUAUUCAAAGAAUAGAAGGUCGUUUUCAGGAAGUACCAGAAACUCCCAAUGGUAAACUCUAUCCAAAUCUUGAGGAGUUUCGAAGUGAUACUGGUUCAGAUGGUACGACUAGUAGCCAUUCUACCACAGUUCCUGUGCCACUGUAUGACCUGGGACCACAAUUUCCAAACAUGGAGCUAGUCCAUCCAUCUGAUGAUUCAACUUUGAAAGAAUUACACAGAUUUUUGGGGAUUCGACUUGAAAAAAGACAAAGAUGUAUUGAAGUUGCUCAACAAAAAUGUGAUGAUUUCCGUUCACUUUUGCUAAAAGUAGAGAAAGAGAAUUCCUACCUCCCAGUUCUUGAAAAAGAAGUUUUUAAUCUUCGCAGAGAAAACUCAAAUUUGAAACAAGACAAUCUAAAUAUAAACAAAGAACUGAAAGAGCUUCAGCAAGAAUUAAGAGCCUUAAGUUCAAAAUUAAGAAGCUCUGAACGACAACUACAAGAAAAGAAUUCAUUGAUAAGAGAAGCCAGAGAUGAAAAAUCUCAGCUAAGGAGUGAUUAUGAAAUAAGAAUACAGCAAAAUGAACAAAAAUUUCGACAACAGGAACAUGAUCGACAGAAAUUAGAGCAGAAGUGUCGGACAUACCUUCAAGAAAAAGAUCGUAAGCUAAACAUUUUGAAAAACCUUGUGAAUGAACACUCUUCUGAAUCGAGCACUAGUACCACACCAUCUGUUACUCCAAAACCCACCAGAAAAUUACGGACAUUCACCACCCCAGCUCCCUAUACUGCUCCCAGACCAGACCCAGCUCCAAGGAAACCUGUAACAAGACUCGUUGCUGCACGGUCACUCCAUAAUUUAGACCAAAUUAGUUCUUCGUCUUCCAAAAAGGAUCCUGCACCACCACCACCCCCACCAAACCCACGUCACAGACGUUCAAAGUCCUCUUCGGCUGCCGAUACGUGGCUGGAACACAAAAGCCAAGACCAUGAAGAACUUGGUACCCUCUUUCAACCAAAGCUGAAGAAAAAACGAUCGGUGACUAGACUGACUGAGAAGGACACUAAAGAGGUAUCCAAGUAUUGCCUUAACCAUCAAGAGUUGGGAUCAGAUGGAGAGAUGCGUACUAAAUUAUAUAAGGGCAAUGUUCUUCCCACAGUUACUGGAGGUUGCACAAUGGUUUUUAAUGAAGUAGAAAUGGUAAAACGUGGAAAUCCUGGCAAUGGCAAGAAGAGGCAUAGUCCGCCUCAACAACAUACUCGCCAUGGCAGUGAUUGGACUGAUACAAACAUACGAUGUGGCUAUGCUAUUGAUGGACAUAAGAGAUCUAAGCCAUCACAAAUGUAGAAUAUCUACCCUGUGGAAUUUGGAGUCUGGUGCUGUGUAUAUAUAUAUAUUGGAGAAUUAGGGAACUGAAAUUAGUGAUGGUAGCCCAGCUGCUAAUAGUUAUGAGUGCAACCAAGUGUGUGUGUGUGUGUGUGUGCACGUGAUUGUGUGUGUAUCUUAAUAUAACAGCUUGAAAAAACAUACUACAAAAUUGAUAGAAACUAUAUAAAUCAAAUUAAAUUAAUGCUUCUGAAUUAUCUUAAAAAAUUGGUGUAAAUAUUAUGUCUAUUGAAGAUAAAUUCUACAAGUAAAUAUAUAUAUAUAUAACACACUGUAUAUAGCACAUAUAUAUAUACAUAUAGCAUACUGUAUUUUUUUUUUAUGACCAGUCACAUUAUGCUAUGUGCUUCACUAGCUGUCUGUGGAAAUGAGAGAAAUAUAUAAGAAACCAAUUGUAUAUGUAUUAAAGUUUAUAUUAACUAAAUGUAGACAUUUAGUCUUUAGUCAAUGUCAUGUUUAGCCUGUAAUCAAAAUUUUUAAUGCUAGUUAAUAGUUUUAUAUUAUUCAAAAAUGUGGAGAGAUAUAUAGUAGAACACCAGAUUGAAUUUUUCCUUAUUUUGCUUUAAUUUGGUAGGUUUUUAGUUAUUGUUGCAUUAUUCUUCCUUCUAUGUUCAGUGAACCUGUAAUAUUCUGGUGUUGAUUCACAUCUCUACGCAUUUCUAUAACAAGCAAAAUUUAUCACUUGUUUAAAGAAAUGGAAUUGGUAUGCUGUAUCUUUAAAUUGAUUAUAUAAAAAAAAAGGCUUUUUAUUAUCCAACUUGCAUAAAUUAAACUUAUAUUAAAUAUUAAUAAGAUAUACAUAUAAGGUUUUUUAUUAUCUAGCUUGCAUAAUUAAACUUAUGUUAAAUAUUAAGAUAUACAUAUAAAUGUGAAUUAAAUAUUUUGAACGUCAUCAUCUUUAUUGAGUGACCCAGAUCACUGUAACUCUUCUAUGCCAAACAUCCCAUUUGAGUGAUGAAGCAUGAAUGUCUCUGCCUAGGUUUUAGUCACAGUGGUUCAUUGUUAGCUGAAAUGUCUCAUCUGUGCAUGCCACGAGUACAGAUGGUAGCAGUAUUUCACUUACUGAAAUGGUUUGAUCUUGACAGUUUGUUGUCUGUUAAUCUGCUUAGCAUCUAGUGAUAUUUACCAUUGACUCCAUAAGUUCAUCUGUUGAAAUAACUCACAUUCAUCAUGUUGCAUCCCAUUAUUUCAACAUAGCCUGGACCAGGUGGUUACAUGCUAUUUAACUCAUAGCUGGGAUCUUGACAGGUGCUACUACUCUGGGUCAGAGUAGACCUAGGAAAAAUGGGAGCUAAAAGGUGGUUCCACACCCCUCAAAAUCCAGGAACUUCUAAACCAGGCUCCGACUUUUGGAUGUAGUUUAUAAUAGCUAAUUUCAUCUUUCUUAGUCAAUUUAUUAAAAGCAGGGAAAAUUCAAAACUGAAAGACCCUAGUACAUUUUAGGAAUAAAUUGCUUUUAUACUUUUGUUGAAAUUUCAUUUUGGUAUUGUAUUGGUGUCAUUGGAAAAUCUAUGUAAUAUUCAGUGAAUUAAUUAUAAGACAGCGAGCUGGCAGAAUCAUUAGCAUGCUAGGUGAGAUUCUUAGUGGCAUUUCAUUUGUGUCUUUACGUUCUGAGUUCAAAUUCUGUCAAGGUCGACUUUGCCUUUCAUCCUUUUGGGGUCAAUAAAAUAAGCCCCAGUUGAGCACUGGGGUUGAUUUAAUCAGUUUACCCCUUUCUCAAAAGUGCUGGCCUUGUACCAAAAUUUGAAACUAUUAUUGAGAGGGAAUAUGUAUAUAUGUAUUAGAAGAGAGCCAUUUUUUUUUUGGAUUUUUAAUGGAAGAAAGUUGUUUCGCAGUUUAGUUUAUUGUCUGAUAUAUUUUUACCUAUUCUCUGAUACAGUGAUAUAAUUAAUACACAACUUUUUAAUCUUCAUGUACCUGUGCAUGUACACUCUUACGUUUGUGUGUGUUUAUAUGUAUAUAUAUGUGUGUGUGUGUGUGUGUGUGUGUGUGUGUACUGGAACAUUUUCAUGUUGCUCAGGAAUAUUUAACCUUUUUACUGCUAUAUUUUGUAACAGACCAUAUCAAAACCAAUUAUUUCUCUUCCUGAGUUUCGAGACAGUGAAUUCUUGAUAUUGUAAUCAUCAUCAUCAUCAUCAUCAUCAUCAUCAUCAUUUUAGCAUGCCAGGUGAAAUACUUAGUGGUAUUUUGCCUGCUGUUAUGUUCUGAGUUCAAAUUCUGCCGAGGUCAACUCUGCCUUUCAUCCUUUUGGGGUUGAUAAAUUAAGUACCAGUGGAACACUGGGGGUCGAUGUAAUUGACUACUCCCCUCCCUGUAAAUUUCAGGCCUUGUUCCUUUAGCAGAAAGGAAUAUUAUUAUUGUUAAGGUGGUGAGUUGGCAGAAUUGCAAGUACACUGGAUAAAAUGCUUAGAACUAUCUCUUCUGGCUUUACAUUCUGAGUUCAAAUUCUGCUGAGGUUGACUUUGCUUUUCAUCCUUUCAGGGUUGAUAGAAUAAGUAUCAAUUGAGCACCGGGGUCGAUGUAGUCAACUGUCCUCUCCCACCAAAUUUUAGUCCUUGUGCUUAUACUAGAAGGAGUUGUUAUUGUUGAGAGUGAUUUGCUGGAGGAAUUGUUAGUGUUGGAAAAAAUGCUUUAUGAUAUUUCUUCUGGCUUGGGUUCAAAUUCUGCUGAGGUCAUCUUUACCUUUCCUCCUUAUGGGGUUAAUAGAAUAAAGUACCAGCCAAGUGCUGGAGACUCUGUAAUAGAUUAACCUCUUCCCUCUAAAACUGAUAGCCUUGUACCAAAAUUUCCUAUUUGCUUACCCCUAGAAAGUAUGAAAAAUAGCUAAUAUUUUCUUCAAACUUUGCAUUUGUUACAUUUAUUCAAGCCCCAAAGAACCCUUUCAACACAUGGCUAUGAUGCUUCCCUACUACUCUUGCUCAUGAUCAGAGAUGCACAUGUUGUCAGUCACUAAGGGACAUGUUCCAGUGUUUAUGGUCAAGCAACUGACAAGCAAAUUUGUGGUAGUGAGCAGAAUAUUUGCUAUAACGAUAUUUCUGCUUUAGCAACUCAGCGUUGAAUAUGUCUGAAAUGUAAUGGAAAAUAAGUCAGCUUGAAGACAUAAAUGUUCAGAUCACAAAAGCAAAGUUUGAAGGGAAUAGCAGUUAUUUCCUUUGAUUUCUAGAUAGAAGCAAAUAGAAAAUAACACUAAGACAAAAAAAUAAAUAAAUAAUUUUGUUAACGUUAUAUUAAAAACAUUAUUUGACAAGUGGUAGAGCAAUGGAUUGCUGUAUUUAGUUAAAGGUUCUUUAGAUUCUUGCAGUAUUUAAUUGUAGUUAUUUAGAUUCAGGGUUCAAAUUCUGCUGAAGUUAUCUUUGUCAUUUAGCCUUUUAGAGAGUUGAUAAAAAUAAAAGUACUAGUCAAAUGCUGGGAUUAAUAAAAUCAACUAAUCCUAUUCCCUCAAAUUUCAAGUCUUGUACCUAUGUCAGAAACCACUAAGAAUGGUGUAGUGAAAAUAUUAAAAGUACUGAACAGUUUUUCGACUCUUUAGUUGCAACUCUUUAUGUUCUGAGUUCAAAAUUUGUCAGUUCCAGUCUUUUUCCAAGUUUGAUAAAAUUAAAUCCAUGUCUUACUGGUUAUAGUUAUUACAAGGAAGAUAAUUAUUUCUACAUAAUAUUUGGUGGGACUUAAGGCAGUAAUCUGGCAGAAUCGUUAACAUGUCGGGCGAAAUGCUUGGUGGUAUUUCAUCCGUCCUUGCGUCCUGAGUUCAGAUUCCACCAAGGUUGACUUUGCCUUUCAUCCUUUCAGGGUUGAUAAAUUAAAUAGCAAUUGAGCAGUGGGGUCAAUGUAAUUGACUUAUCCCCUUUCCCAAAAUUGCUGGCCUUGUGCCAAAGUUUGAAACUAAUAUUUGGUGGGUUUAGAAAAAAAAUCUAAAUGCUAACGAUAUAUUAAUGAAUAUUUAUUUACAUCCAUACCUUCUCCUCUCAGUUUUGGUGUGUGCCCUGUUCAAAGAUAUUGUCCUUGUUUUUGUUUUGCUUUAUAUAGUUUGACCCUUUCCUACAUGAAUAUUGCUGAUAAUGACACUAAUGAGGAGGCUGACACCCCAUUUCUCUGAGAGAGGAGUUGUGCAUCUCAACUAUCAGCUCAUGUGUAAAACAUCAGUUUUUCAGAACCCUUGGCAGUUGACGUACUAAAAACAUAGGAUGGGAUAGAGAGAGAGAGAGAGAGACUGUUAUUUAAUAUGUACAUAUUUUAUAUACUCUCUAACUUCCACACAAUAAUAAGAUGUUAGACAUAUCUUGUUUAAUCAGGGAAAACCUCCGUCCACUACCACCACUACCACCACCACAUCAUAGUCUUUUUACUAUGUUUUCCAAACAAUGUUAUCUCCCUGAAGCCAAAGUUCCAAUUGUUUACUGACCUAUCCUUGUCUCUUUUCCCUUUUUUUAAUCACCAACAGUUAAGAAUGCCACUGGAUGGUUCUCUCUCUCUCCCCCUCCCCCUCUCUGUAUGUAUGGCUAUGAAUGUGAAGAAUUUGUUUCCUUAUUGUUUCCUCCUGAGUAAUUUGCUAUUCUUCUCUCCUGUCUCAAUCUCUUUUCCUUCUCAAUGCUAUUUUGUAUUUUGUUUCACUUGUCUGUUUUUACUUCAAGCUUUCUCUCUGUUCUGUCAGUCUCUUUCUCUAUAUAUUUCUGUGUAUUUGUUUAUUUUUUUACUCCCUCUCUUUAUUUUAUGUAUCACCAUUAUGUUUUUAUAUCAGGGUCCAGUGUCAUGUGAUAAUGCCCUAUUAUUAUAACCCACAAUGUAUAAAAUUAAUAUUCAUUGGUUGCAAUAAUAAUAAAAUCACACUAUUUGCUUAUAAA